UGGCAACUAUCUUGCAACACUGUGCUGAACUAACAAAGUGUCAAACAAAAUAUUUUAGAAAUUGUUUUUGGGGCAUUUUAUUUCGUAUUUAUUUGCUCAUUACAAAUAGCUGUGGACUAAAGGCAAUAAUGAAUACAAUAUAUAUAAAUAAAAGUGUACACGUGUUGAAGUACUUGUGAUUGCUGGGAUUUAUUCAGUCCAUUAUUUAUAGGUGCAAAUAUCUCAGAAUGUCAGUCCCAAAAGUUAAAAUCGAACCCCAAGAAUUUUCAAUUAAAGACAUUGAAUUUGAAAUAAAAGAAGAAAUUGAAUGUGAACUAUGUAAUGAAUCAUUUACUGGGCAGCAUGAUUUAGAACAGCAUAUGCUCGAACAUUAUCAUAGUUGUACCUUUUGUUCCGAUACUUUUCCAGAUUCAAGCGCCUUAGAAAUACAUCUGAAAAUACAUGCAGAUGUCAAGCCUUUUGUGUGCACAAUUUGCAAUGAAGCAUUUGCUGUAAAAUUGGAUUUUGAUCAACACGUUUGUAAUGGAGAAAAAACUUUAACGUUGAGUGAAUCUGAAAGUCUGCUAUGCAAAAUAUGUGGUCGGACAUACAAAUUUAUGAGUGAAAUGAAAAAACACAUGCUAACACACUCUGAGGAACGUCCCCACAAAUGCGAAUUAUGCAACAAGGCAUUCAAAGAAGUGAGAAUUUUGAAAACCCACAAACUCAUUCACAGUGGCGUGCGUCCUCAUAAAUGCGAUUUAUGCGAUGAGACAUUCACAUUACCGCAUAACCUGAACCGACAUAUGCUUGUUCACACCGGUGAACGACCUCAUGCUUGUGCAGUAUGCGAUAAGAAAUUCACACAAGCGGGUAGUUUGAAAACCCAUAUGCUCAUUCAUAGUGGCAAACGGCCCCACAAGUGUACAGUAUGCGAAAAGACAUUUAACCAUGUGGGUACUUUGAACAAACACAAGCUUCUUCACAAUCCUGAACGACUGCAUAAGUGUGAAGUAUGCAGUAAGAAAUUCACACUAACAAGCGACUUGAAUAGACAUAUGCUCAUUCACGGUAAGGUACAUGAAUGUGAAACAUGCAACAAGACAUUCACACAAAAGCGUCAAUUGAAUCAACAUAAGCUCGUUCAUGCUGAGGAACUAAUGCAUAAAUGCAUAAUGUGCGAUAAGGCGUUCACACUAAAGAGUCAAUUGAAACAACAUAUGCUCAUUCACAGAGAGGCUGGAUCCCAUAAGUAGACAUAGGACAUUCACACACUCAAGUGUCCUCAAAAGGCACAUCGUUUUGUACAACAAAAAGUAAUUACAGUAGAAGUCUUGUAUCGAAAAUUCCGGACUAUCGGGCGGUAAUUAUAAAUUGUCAAUUGAAACAACAUAUGCUCAUUCACAGUGGGGUUAAAUCCCAUAAGUGUACAUAGGACAUUCACACACUCAAGUGUCCUCAAAAGGCACAUCAUUUUGCAUAACAAAAAGUAAUUACAGUAGAAGUCUUGUAUCGAAAAUUUCGGACUAUCGGGCGGUAAUUAU